CGCGCCCGUUGCUAUGCGUGCUCUUGUUUACCCGGCCCGGGCUGGCGUUCCAUUCACACAAUGUUGGGGUUUGGCAACAAUCGUUCCCACCUGUCGCAACGUUCAGUCAGCAAGUUCCACAGGCAGUCGCUGGUGGCGGGGCGACGUGCCUUGUCCGGUUUUUGACAAGGCAGCCAAAGAUUAGUGGCGAUAUCGUUACUGUGUGGCUCAGCCUCACGCGUUUACAAUUGAAAUUAGUGCAGAGACAUUGUGCGCUUCAUACACACGGCGAAGUUGAGCGAGGCGUGUUAAAAGCCACCCGCUGCCCUCAUAAACAUUGGAACGACUGUUGUCGGCGGCAUCUACGCAUUGAGAAGGCAAGAUGAGAGCAGGCUGGAUAUGGUUCUACAUUCGGUGAAGAGAGCUUCAUAACUUGUGGAAGACAACCCUGGACUGGACAGACUGAAUUAAACUGAGAACUUCCCACAGUCCUGUGAUGAGCAGGCAGCUGUUUGGAAAUAAAAUGGUGCCAGAACAACAUAUUGUUUCUGUGCUUCUGCCAAAUAAGGAACAACUCGAAGUCAUCGUUGGAGUAAGAGCAACAGUUCAACACCUCAACAAUCAAGUCUGUGACAUGCUGAAGAUCCGAGAAAAUCACUUCUUAGGUCUGAGUGUGGUACAAAACAACGAAUACAUUUUCAUGGACUCUGAGCAGAAGCUUAGCAAAUACUUUCCCAAGGAAUGGAAGAAAGAAAUGAGCAAAAAUGAUGAGAGGUUUGGCACUCCAUUCGUUGUAUGUUUAAGGGUGCAGUACUACGUGGAAAAUGGAAAAGUAAUAAGUGAUAAGAAGGCAAGGCAUUUCUAUUAUUGCCAACUAAAAGAGCAAGUUUUACACUCUCACUGCACAAGUAAAGAGGAAGCAUAUUUUCUACUCACAGCAUGUGCAUUGCAGGCUGACCUGGGAAACUACAAAAAGAAUGUCCACACUGGAAACUAUUUUGAACCUCAAGAUUAUUUCCCUCAAUGGGUAAGAAUAAUGUAUCUAAUUGUGGAGUGCCUCCUUUCUUUCUCUAUUUAAAAUUUGAUGUGUGCAGAU